AUGACGACGCCUUGGACUGGUAUUGGGACGAGAACUAGUACAGUUCCCCCUACCGGUACUCUUCCAGGAACUGUUAUUAUUGAAACCCCAGAAACCUAUAAUACAGUAACAACGCCCUGGACUGGUAUUGGAACUAUAACAACGACGGUCCCUCCUAGUGGUACUAUUCCUGGUACUGUUGUUAUUCAAACACCUAUAACAUAUGUAACAAUAACAAUGCCUUGGACUGGUGCUGGAACUGGAACAACGACGGUCCCUCCUACUGGUACUAUUCCUGGUACCGUUAUUAUUCAAACACCUAUGACAUACGUAACAAUAACAACCCCUUGGACUGGUACUGGGACGAGAACUAGUACAGUUCCCCCUACCGGUACUUUUCCAGGAACUGUUAUUAUUGAAACCCCAGAAACCUAUAAUACAGUAACAACGCCCUGGACUGGUAUUGGAACUAGAACAACGACGGUCCCUCCUACUGGUACCAUUCCUGGUACCGUUAUUAUUCAAACACCUAUGACAUACGUAACAAUGACAACCCCUUGGACUGGUACUGGAACUGGAACAACGACGGUCCCUCCUACUGGUACUAUUCCUGGUACUGUUAUUAUUCAAACACCUAUAACAUACGAAACAAUGACAACCCCUUGGACUGGUACUGGUACGAGAACUAGUACAGUUCCCCCUACCGGUACUCUUCCAGGAACUGUUAUUAUUGAAACCCCAGAAACCUAUAAUACAGUAACAACGCCCUGGACUGGUAUUGGAACUAGAACAACGACGGUCCCUCCUACUGGUACCAUUCCUGGUACUAUUAUUAUUCAAACACCUAUGAUAUACGUAACAAUGACAACGCCUUGGACUGGUGUUGGGACUAGAACAACGACGGUCCCUCCUACUGGUACCAUUCCUGGUACCGUUAUUAUUCAAACACCUAUAAUAUACGUAUCAAUAACAACGCCUUGGACUGGUACUGGUACGAUAACUAGUACAGUUCCCCCUACCGGUACUAUUCCAGGAACUAUUAUUAUUAAAACUCCAGAAACCUAUAAUACUGUAACAACGCCCUGGACUGGUAUUGGAACUAGAACAACGACAGUCCCUCCUACUGGUACCAUUCCAGGGACUGUUAUUGUUCAAACACCUCUGACCUAUAUUACAAUAACUACGCCUUGGACCGGUAUCGGGACCUUAACUACUACUGUCCCCCCUAGCGGUACUCGUCCUGGAACCGUUAUUGUUGAGAUACCCCUAACUUACAUCACAAUAACAACCUUUUGGACUGGUACUAGAACUACUACUACUACAGUACUUCCAAGUGGGACAAAUUCUGGGACAAUUAUUAUUAAGACACCGUGCUCUGUGGAUGAUAUAAACGUAUUCCUUACAGCGAGUUCUACACAAGGCGCUGAGACUACUUGGACUGUUCCUCCUUGUGCUUCUACUAUGAGCUUUAGUCUUGUUGGGGGUCGUGGCGAUGGUGCUUAUGCCAAUCCGGAUCAACCGUGGUCUCUCGGGGGGCGUAUUGUUGGCUCAAUUAAUGUUGUACCUGGGCAAGAAGUUAUUGCAGUAGCUGGCGGCUCUGGAUCUGGCCCUAACCCAGGAACAAGCGCGUACGGUAAUGGUGGAGCAGGCGGGCAGCGUACGCAAAACUAUAUGCUCAAUGGUGCUGCAGGAGGGGGAGCGUCUGCACUAUACUUGGACAGUACCUUGCUAGCAGUCGGUGGGGGAGGCGGGGGCCAGAAAUAUGCCCAAGGAUAUGGAGGAUCGAUUAUUUUUAACCCAACUUGGGCCAUUUACCCAUCAUAUAUUAACAAAGGUCCCGUCAACAUUAAUUGGGGCUAUAAAGUAAACUUUACAAGAAACGAUAAAUCCCUGUAUUUUGUUAAUAAUAUUUUCCAUGGGCCACCUUGCUGUUCGGCUGGACAAGCAGGGGGUGCACUUGGAUAUUCUUUGAUUCUAUAUGGAGCAGCUGUACCUAUUGUUGCCCCAGCACCAGGCGAUUAUACAUUUUUCAGUCAAGGGGGACUUCCAGGACUUAACGGAGUUCCAGGCGCUGGGGGUACAACUCAAAUACCAUCAUGGGCUAUACCCUAUGCAACAAUUGUAAACGGUAACCCUGGUAAUGGGAAUAAUGGUGGGAAUGGCGUACAGUCCCCUGCGGUUAUAACAAGCCAAAAUGCCCAAAACGUUAAUACUAUAAUGUCGGGUAAUUCGUGUGGUGGUGGCGGAGGCUAUGGCGGCGGCGGCGGUGGUGGUGCAUUUAGCUAUACACAUGAUCCUGGUUAUCCCGCUUGGGGUCAAGAUGGCUGGGUGCAGGGAUCGUUGGGUGGUGGUGGAGGAAAUUUUGCGUCUAACCUUGUUUCGAAUUCUGCAAUAAGCCUGGAUUUGGUUGAGUAUGGAGUUGUUAAUAUUACGUUUUCAUAA